UGAAGUUGUAGAUACCUUCUGGAAGUAGUCGUGUGCUGGUCCUCAUUUUGUAACACGUAAUUAAAGGAAGGUCGUGCGAAGGGGGCCAAAAAAAAGAAUGACAAUUUUUAAAACUGAACAACACUUCAAUUUUGAAAAGUUACCAAUAUAUAUCUAUUCCUUUUGUAUUGAUAUAAUCAAAAUCAGAUAUAUAAACAAAAAGAUAAUAUGGCUGCUGAAGGUUUAGAAAAAUUCACUGAAGUUCCAGUUGAAUUCUUUAAAGAUGGUACUGCUUUCGUUAAGAAAUGUCAAAAACCAGAUCUUAAAGAAUACUUUAAAAUCAUUAGAGCUGUUGGUGUUGGUUUCAUUAUGAUGGGUGUUGUUGGAUACGCUGUCAAAUUAGUCCAUAUCCCAAUCAGAUACUUGAUUGUUUAAACGUAACAUUCUUUAAAUCAUAAGAGAAAGAAAGAAAAUGUAUCAAUCAUCAAACUAAGUUCAGGCAACAACAAUAACUAAUCACCACUAGUUGAACCCAAGUGGCAAUCAUGUAUAAUCAAAUCAUAAAAACAAAAUGAAGUAUCAUUCAUCCCAUUAACUCAAAAUACAUUAAUGAUAUCAUGUAUUUUUAUUUUUAUCGUCUUUUAUUUCUAUAUUAGUGUGUGCAUAUGGAUGUUCAUAUUAUCACCCAUAUCUAUUUUAUAAUCCUAUUUAAUAUAUGUAAAAUGUAUUUAUAGAU